AUGGUGCAGACCAUCAUCCCGAUUGUCUCGCAGCGAACCACUCUGCACGUGGCUCACCCUUCACAGCAGCAGGAAACCCACGACCGCACUCACAUACCCCUCUCCGAGCUCCCUGGCUCGCCUCAGAACCCGAUAACUCGGCCCGGGAGCCGGGAGGCAGAAGACACAGCGAGCCACCCCGGGCGCGAGGCUCCGUCUGCCGACUCCACGAAUGCCCUAAGAGCCCAGCUACGCCUCGUCAGUCAAAGACUCGACGAGGUACAACAGGAAGUCCGUAAGUCGAAAGGAGAGCUCGGGACGGACGGGCAGCAAGGAUCCCCGUUCACCCCCGAGAUCCAAGACCAGGCGAUCCCAUCACAUUUCCGCCUCCCCUCGUUGGACACGUAUGACGGUGCUGCCGACCCAGCAGACCACGUGGCCGCUUUUCGCGCCCAGAUGGCGCUAUACGGGACUUCCGAUGCUUUGAUGUGCAGGGCGUUCCCGACAACCCUGCGGGGUCCGACCCGCGCAUGGUAUGGCGGCCUGAGGGCCGGGACCAUCACCUCCUUCGACCAACUCGCCAAAGACUUCGAGCUUAGCUUCCUGGCUUACGCUCGACCAAAACCGUCCGCAGCAUUGCUCCUCGGACUCAAUCAAGGGGAGGACGAGCCCCUCUCCCUUUUUGUGAACCGCUUUAUGACACAAAUCCGCGGACUAUCGGAUGCUCACCCCUCUCUACUGAUGCAGGCGUUCAUGACAGGCCUGCGGCCCUCCCGGUUCUUCUGGUCUCUCGUGGAGCGACCCCCUGCUGCGAUCCCCGAAAUGAUUCAACGUGCUGGCCAAUUUAUCGCCGCGAAGACAUGGAUGGCUGGAAAGCGGGAAGAGCACAAAAAAGUCAAAACGGAGCCGCCCCGACAACAGCAGCCCAUCGCCUCCCGACGCAAGUUGGAUAGGUCUGACCCAAGACCUCCUUCCCCCACCUUGAAUUCCUCACGGACGGAAAUAUUUCUCCACGAGAAGGGGAAGGGACUACUCACGGAGCCCCACCCGAUGAGGAGCCCACGAGAACUCGCGGACCGCUCAAAAUACUACCGAUUCCAUCGGCAGCAUGGGCAUGACACCGAGCAGUGUCGUGAGCUAAAAAGGCAGAUCGAGGAGCCCAUCCGCCGAGGGCAUCUCGGCCACUACCUUCUGCCGAACAAGGAGCCAUCGCCUCACCCCGGGGGCCCCAUCGAGAGACACAUUGAUGUAAUCGCUGGCGGCCCCGCAUCAGGAGGGGGCUCCAUGUUAGGGAGAAAGGCAUACGCCCGAGCCGCUCCUGAUGUGACCCCUGGGCACGGGCCCGAGCCUGAAAUCACCUUCCCGACCGGGGUCUCCAGGCAGCCCGAGCACGACGACGCCCUCGUAAUAUCAGCAAGGGUGGCCAACGCGCAGGUGAAGAGGAUCAUGGUCGACACGGGGAGUUCAGCCGACAUACUCUACUUUGACGCCUUCCAGAAGCUCGGCUUAGCCAAGGAAAGCAUGCGCCCAAUGGGUUCAGCGUUCACUGAGUUCACGGGAGAUUCAAUAUCACCUUUGGGGGCUAUCACUUUGCCUUUAACCCUGGGGAUCCCGCCAAGGUCAAAAACGGUGAUGACCACCUUUUUGGUGGUCGACCUUCCUACGGCCUACAAUGCCAUACUGGGACGGCCGACCCUCGAUAAAGUCAGAGCCGUCGUCUCGACCUACUACCAAACCAUUAAGUUCCCGACUCACGCAGGGGUCGGAGAAGUCAUCGGAAGCCCCCGAGAGUCCAGGCGGUGCUACCUAACUGCCGUUUCGCUACACAAGAGGACCAGGGUCGAGCCACCGCUGGAGGACCCACGGGAGACAAAAAGGCCGGCCCCUCAUCCCGAGCCGAAGGGGCCCACCAUUGAUGUGCCGUUACAAGAAGCUCGACCCGACCAAACGGUCAAGGUGGGUUCGGAGCUACCCGAACAGGAACGAGAGCAGCUCGCGGCCUCCUACGGGAAAACGCCGACAUCUUCGCUUGGUCCCCGUCUGAUAUGA